AGGGUUGGGGACGCCUGCCCAGCCUGGCCCGGUCGGGGCGGGCUGGCGCGGGGGGCGGGGGCGGGGAGGCUCCAGGUUCCCGGGGCCGCCGCGGAGAGGAAGUUCCGGGACCCUCCCUGCUCGCGUGCCCACCUCCGCUUCCUGCCUCAGCCUCACCUUGUCCCUGGCGCCUGGACUCCCCCGAAGCGCGGGGGAAUGUGACCUUUACUCGGGGAGCCUGGCCCUGCAGGCCCCGGCUGCCCUCUGUGUGUGUGGGGUCCCCUAAGUCCUCAGGUCCUGCCCCAGUCCCCCCCAGCAGGCCGGGACCGUGGCCCCCCGCGAGGGGGACAGGGCCUGGGCACUGUGGCCUUCCCUGCAGGGCGCGCACCAUGGCCCCGCCGCUCCUGCUGCUGCUGCUGGCCAGCGGAGCGGCCGCCUGCCCACUGCCCUGCGUGUGCCAGAACCUGUCCGAGUCGCUCAGCACCCUCUGCGCCCACCGAGGCCUGCUGUUCGUGCCCCCCAACGUGGACCGGCGCACGGUGGAGCUGCGGCUGGCCGACAACUUCAUCCAGGCCUUGGGGCCGCCCGACUUCCGCAACAUGACCGGGCUGGUGGACCUGACUCUGUCCCGCAACGCCAUCACCCGCAUCGGGGCGCGCGCCUUCGGGGACCUGGAGAGCCUGCGCUCCCUGCACCUGGACGGCAACCGGCUGGCCGAGCUGGGCGCGGGCAGCCUGCGAGGCCCCGUCAACCUGCAGCACCUCAUCCUCAGCGGCAACCAGCUGGGCCGCAUCGCGCCCGGCGCCUUCGACGACUUCCUCGAGAGCCUGGAGGACCUGGACCUGUCCUACAACAACCUGCGCCAGGUGCCCUGGGCCGGCAUCGGCGCCAUGCCCGUGCUGCACACGCUCAACCUGGACCACAACCUCAUCGACGCGCUGCCGCCCGGCGCCUUCGCGCAGCUGGGCCAGCUCUCGCGCCUGGACCUCACCUCCAACCGCCUGGCCACGCUGGCGCCCGACCCGCUCUUCUCGCGCGGCCGCGACGCCGCCGCCUCGCCCGCGCCCCUGGUGCUGAGCUUCAGCGGGAACCCGCUGCACUGCAACUGCGAGCUGCUGUGGCUGCGGCGGCUGGCUCGGCCCGACGACCUGGAGACGUGCGCGUCGCCGCCGGGCCUGGCCGGGCGCUACUUCUGGGCCGUGCCCGAGGCCGAGUUCUCCUGCGAGCCGCCGCUCAUCGCCCGCCACACGCAGCGCCUCUGGGUGCUGGAGGGCCAGCGGGCCACGCUGCGCUGCCGCGCCCUGGGGGACCCUGCGCCCACCAUGCACUGGGUGGGCCCCGACGACCGGCUGGUGGGCAACUCCUCGCGGGCGCGCGCCUUCCCCAACGGGACCCUGGAGCUCGGGGUGACCGGCGCCGGCGACGCGGGGGCCUACACCUGCAUCGCCACCAACCCUGCGGGCGAGGCCACGGCCCGCGUGGAGCUGCGGGUGCUGGCCCUGCCCCACGGCGGCAACGGCAACGGCAGCGGCAGCGCCGACGGGGGCCGCCCCGGGCCCUCGGACAUCGCCGCCUCGGCCCGCACCGCCGCGGAGGGCGAGGGGACGCCGGAGGCGGAGCCCAGCGUGCAGGUGACGGAGGUGACGGCCACCUCGGGGCUGGUGAGCUGGGGGCCGGGGCGGCCGGGGGAGCCCGUGUGGAUGUUCCAGAUCCAGUACAACAGCAGCGAGGACGAGACGCUCAUCUACCGGAUCGUCCCCGCGUCCAGCCACCACUUCCUGCUGAGGCACCUGGUCCCCGGGGCCGACUACGACCUCUGCCUGCUGGCCCUGUCGCCCGCCGCGGGCCCGUCCGACCUCACGGCCACACGGCUGCUGGGCUGCGCCCACUUCGCCACGCCGCCCGCCACGCCGCUGUGCCAUGCCCUGCAGGCCCACGUGCUGGGCGGGACCCUGACUGUGGCCGUGGGGGGCGUGCUGGUGGCCGCCUUACUGGUCUUCACUGUGGCCUUGCUGGUUCGGGGCCGGGGGGCCGGGAAUGGCCGCCUCCCCCUCAAGCUCAGCCACGUCCAGUCUCAGACCAACGGGGGGCCCAGCCCCACGCCCAAGAGCCGCCCGCCGCGGAGCCCUCCGCCUCGCCCCCAGCGCAGCUGCUCCCUGGACCUGGGCGACGCCGGCGGCUGCUACGGCUACGCCAGGCGCCUCGGCGGGGCCUGGGCGCGGCGGAGCCACUCAGUGCAUGGGGGACUGCUGGCGGCGGGGUGCCGGAGGGUGGGGGGCAGCGCCGAACGGCUAGAAGAGAGUGUGGUUUAAGGCAAGGAGCCAGCCUGGCGGGGGAGCCAGCCUGCCGGCAGCCCCCGGGGCCCUCCGUACCUCAAGCCCCCUCCGUGGCAGGAGGGCCCUUCCCUGGCCCUUGCGGUGCUCACAGCUGCGGACAUGGGGCCGCCCCGCGGGAGUUUGUGAUUUAUAAUAAAACUGAUGGGGAUACCCCA